GCUAUUUCUCGCCGAAGAUUGAGCGUAUAGAUAUAUAAUGAUUCAUCUGAAAGUUUGGUUCGAUCGAAAUGUUCGUAGUAAAAUUUAGAAACGAUUUAAAGGUAUUAUAUUAUAGAAUUAGUAUAUCAUUAAACAAUAUCUGCACCAUUAACUUUGAGAAUCAAAUAAGUCAUCAAAAUAUUCAUAUAAUACAGUUAUAUGUAUAGUCAUAAAAUUGUAUAAUUGCAUCGUUUUUGUCGGUGGUCGAGUCAUAGUAUAUUAUAAAGUGUUCUUUUAUAUCCAUAUGAUACCUAUUAAUAAUUAUUUGGUGGUAGGAAUAAUUUUCAACAGAAUAAUGAAAGUGCCAAAGGUGGAGGUUCGAAAUCUUAGCUUGGCGCCCUCAUGUAUCCAGCAACACUUGCCGGAGGGGCUAAUUUGCGAAGAGGUUACAAUAUCGAUGGAUCUACGCAAGAACAGCUGGUCAGCGUUAUGUAUCGCUACAGAUGCUUUCCCGGAGCCGAAGGAUGUGAAAAAUUGUAUCUCAAUAAAACGGCGUUUGCAGAUAAGCUUCGGAAGACAUGGCGUAGUGAGGAGGGUACAAAUCAGCAUUCACAAUCAACCGAAUGGGGAUGUAUCGUACAAGUGGCACUUGUUGAUAAAUCCACCACGUCGUAAAUCUAAGGCAUCUAAUACGAACGUAAAUAACACGUUGAAGUUCCAUUUUGAAUCCGCCUUCAAGGCAUAUGAGAAUACAUAACGAACUCGAAGAUUCUGUCAUCUGACGAAACUAACACAGCAGAUAUGAAUUAUACGUAAAACAAUCUUGCAGCCUGAUAGAGAUAGUAACUUUUUACUAUUACUUGGCUAUAGCUGUUGUACAUUUGACAGAACAACGAAUGAUUUUUAAGGCUGAGUAGGUAAAAAUGAACCUACAUGAUUAACAUUUUUUGUACGACAAAGAUCAAGAAUGAAGAUAUUGCGAACGUAAAGAUAUAUUACAUAAAAUUAUAUAGUACUAUUUUAAUGACUAAACUUUAAUAAUUUAUACAUUUUUUUUUCAUAAUAUAAGUAUUUUUUAACAUAUUUUUAUAAACCGACGAUUUUUAUAAAACGAAAAAAUAAUAAAAAUGAUGAUACAAUAUUUCACAUAAUAUUAUGUGGUUUUAUUUCAACGACUAAAAUUCAUUUUAAUAUAUAAAUCGAUUCCUCGUGCUCUUUGACAUCAGAAAAAUAUCUAUAGAAAUGCGAGCUACUGUCGAAUUAGCUAGUACAUUUAUGCUUAUCACAUUUGUAAUUUUUUUGUAAACGCUUCUCUUUGGCAACAGUUUCUGAACGUAUAAAUGUGCGGAAUUAAACUUAGAUUAAUUUUAAUCAUUGUAAUGAUAUAAUUUUAUGUGACAUUUUUUUUAUUUAAUUAUAUUGUAUAGAUAAGUGUAAAUAAGA